UUUGUUGAUCAACGAAUACCAUUUGGACUAGGUGCAUGAUCAUAUUUUUCAAUUCGACAUUUUGUCGUCUGGCUAGACUAAAAUUCUUUCAUCUAAAUGUCGGGUUGUUGGAAUCUGACAUUGCAAGUAUUUAGUUGUUCAACCAACUCAGUAACUUCAGCGGACCCUUUUUGGAAAAUUUUACAUCAACACACGAUUAAGAUAUUCCAAGGAUCUAAACUGCCCUCUAAUCGAAAUAAACAGAAUUCCACAUGGCUUAAGAAAACAAUAUUCUUGGUUGUUAUAGCUUUCAAACUCUUAAAUUCUUAACAGUCUGUAAAAACUUUUGUUUCUGUUGCUGAGAACAUUCUCGUUCUACAGUUUUUAAAACCCUUUCAACCGAACGUGAACAACUGCACGCAGGACGAAAUAACUGAACGAGAAGACGGGACUCUGAAACUAAAUUUUUCCCAAAUUAUCCGGCUUAAAAUAAAUAUUGUUUUUUAACGCUUUUUGUGGUAGUAUUUAGAUGCGAAAUAGUUAGUUCGGUCUCCUAGUCACUUAUUGUAGCUUACGUUCUUUUUUCUUUCACAAUAUUUCUUUCGAACCUGAAAGUUAUUACUUGUGGAUAUUCGGUAAUGGAACUGUUGGAUUCUGUGUAGUGCGUUAAUAUAAUGUAUUGUGUAAAAGUAACGACUAAAGGUGAAGGAAGUAUAAUGAUAAUUUGAGUGCGCAUUGAAAAAUCCAAACGGAAUGUUUAGCUGCUCAUAAAAGUGUAUGUGUUCUACUAGUGUCAUUUAUAGAUUGGUGACAUAUUAAAACGAUUUCUUUAUGAAAUAUCGGUUGAGUAAUUUUUGAGAAUUCUGAAAUAACAUCCAAAUAACACAUUGGACACUGUGGCGAUUGACCAUACCUAAUCCGCUUUUAAAGGAUAGCCUAUAUCGUCACGGCUGUUACGAUUAGCUGAAGAACAACAAAUCAACAAUUUUAUUAUGUUGUUCAAUCCUGAAUAAAAAAGUUUGGAAUAUCUCCCAUUCCAACUGGAAAUAAAAAGGAAUUUUAAUGUCGGAGGAAGAAAAUGACGAAUCUAAGAUGUCGUCCAGGAGAUAUUCUGUGUUCUUUGGGGAGAAUGGGUUGGUUUGAAGCAUUUCGUGGUGAACAAGGAUACACGUCAUAUGGUGACAGGCGAACAGCUGCUCUUAUAGACUUACCUUUAGCCGCCGUGACGUACUUUUGUACUCUUAUUGCCAUAGCAACUGUUAUUGCAUCUUUAGGUAUCCGAGGAAAAGAUAAAUGGGGUACAGUAGUUCGUUCAUUCUACGGCGUAGCUGUUGGCUCCAUUAUUUUGGUAUCUUUAUAUGGACAUUGCUGGUUGAUGGGAAAGGAGAACAUAUCCAGUACAUACGUUUAUCGAUCACCUGAUAUGUUUACAGGAGAAGUGGGAAUACAAGUCGGUCUUCAUGGCGCUAACGUUACUUUAAGGGGAUAUUUUGGUGAACCUGGGAGAAGAGGUGAAGUUAUUUAUUCCGAAGCUUUACCAUGGCCAGAUUUCGGUCACGAAGAAGAACAUCUGUCUGUCUAUUUAUUACGAGGGUUGCCUGAUCCCAUCUUGCGUGUAACUGAAUAUUUAUGUACUGAUUCUGGUGGUCUACGUUGGGGACGCUCCUUUCAUUUGGCAGGGAAUUUAGCAAGUGCAUUGUUAUGGACAUCGUUUGCUUUCUGGUUGAUAACCAAUUUACUGCUGUUUACUGUUAUAGUUUACGGUGCCUACAUGAUGGUUCUUACGGGUACUACAAUGUUUUUGGCCAGUAUCGUGUAUCAUGUGUUAAUGCCGACCCAAUCACUGGCUAUUACUUUUGAUGACGUCUCAUUAAAGACACAUUAUGGCUGGUGUUUUUGGUUGACUCUUAUAACAGGUGUGACAACUAUUGUAUUUGGAGUCAUUCUACUUUUAUUAGAACAUUUUAUACCCAAAAGAAUCUCUGAGUUUUUCCGAGUUGAAACAAGUAUAGGAGAAGAUGAAAGAUAUGACACGUUAAUUAAUGAUACCAGUAGACGAUCUAGUGUUUUUUCUGUUCUGGACAAACGUGGCAGUAUUUUCCAGGGACCGAAUGUUAGGAAACAAAGCAUUUUUUCUGAACCCGACAGUAGAAGAUCUAGUAUCGGUACGAACGGUUGGUUUGCUCAGAAUCGAGCGUUUGUGAAUGAUCAUGGUCGGUCUCAGUCACAACCAGCUUUAUACCCUUACGACGUGGACAUAAUUGUCGAAGAGGAAGAAAAUGUUUCAUCAGAUGAAAAUCAAGUAACCGAAAGUGAUGUUCGUAUUGAAAUCGAGCCAGAUUUGUCAACGACGUCAUCAGUGGGGAUUACGAUGACGACAGCCGAUUCUGAGAACCGCGUAAAUGAUUUAAAUGAAAAACACAUGUCUGCGAACAGUAAUAAAACCCAGUUAGGUGUCACUACCAUAAACAUUAAAGCUGGUAGGUCAAGAAAGAACUCAUCAGAUUCUGGGCAUGGGUGUUCGGAGAAUUGUUGCUCUUCCGCGGUUUCAGAUUCUCAAAGUAUAACUUCUUAGGUUUUCUGUUUAAAAUGUUGUGUUUCCAUAUGUCGAGCACCACGUGUGUUCUAAAUUAUUAAUGCAUAAUGGUCAUUAAUCAGACAUUUUUAUGUGAUCAUGAAUAAUUUUAGUUGUGAUUUGGCUGUAUUAUGUGUCAAUUUUCUUGUGCUUUCAUAUACGUGAUAACUUAAUAUGACAAAUAUUAAUGGAGACAAUUUUCGGAUAGAGUGUAUCUGUUAAAAAAAUAUUCGAAUUGGAAACGGAUAGACAUUUCGGAAGUAAUUUCAGUCGAUUUUUAUGUAGAUCAGGUUAUUGAUAUGAACCACUAACUGGGUCUAACCACUUGUUAACAUUCUUCUUGAUGGUCUGGUUCUUGCUCUGUUUGGCAUGUUUGUUCUAUGGACAUCAGCUGUGUAUCGAUUGACAGACUUCGAUUUUUGAUGACGUCAUUGUCGGUUAGUGGUUCCUUAUGGUACGCUCAGAUUUUUAACAUUGCAUUUUGUGCCUGUUUCUUGAUGGAAAUUGGUGCUAGAAUUUAACCCUGCUGUCUCUUAACUUAUGCUCAGUUCUCUCCCUAGCAUUUAUAAUACGACAAAAGCUGUUAAACGGAGCUAUGUAUGUAAACUUCCCAAAUUACGUGGUAUCACAACCGAGACGUUGUCUAGAAAAGGAAUCAAGACAAAUGGAAUUGGUUCUAUUUUAACGAAAGCUUGCAACAAUUAAACAACUUCCUUUGUGUUCAUAUUAUGUGAUUAUUUUUUGCAUUAAUGUAAUUACAAACGGGAGAGGUGCGUUUUGCAAGAAGCUUAUAUCUGAGUAACAUUCAGUUUAUAAUACCCGAACGACAUACCAAACAUGUAUUAGUUUAUCCCACGACAAUUCUGUCCUCUCCCCAAAUGCAAAAGAAAUGAAUAUGAUGUCCUGGGCUGGUGCGUUUCACUUAUGGUGGCAUUAUUCCAUGUUUAAAAUGUAGUCAAAUUAAAUAAUAAUUCUUUUUUUAACGGUCAUCGUAAGGCUAUUUAAAAUAUGACCUACAGUAUUUUAUAUAAUAUUGUUGUUUCGAGAGUUUUAAUGUGAUAUUUUAUUAUAUUAUGUGUUUACUAUGUACUGUUCUUUGUGAUACGUCUAUGAACUUGUUGUUUUGUCCCAAGAAGGAUCUUGAUACAAUAAUUGUACAUAACCAAGACGGUCCCUUUGGUGGUGAAAUUGUUAUUUUAAUACAGUGUUUCGCAAAUUUUUUUUAUCUAAAUUGAACACGGUGAGCAUUAUUAGUUAGAAAUUCAAAACAUUUUGAAGAACCAUUUCUUAUAUGAAUGUGUUUGCCAUUGUUUAUUAAUGGACGCAUUAUUAAAGUGUCGAAAACUUGGUUUUAACAAGUUUAAACCUUGGCCAAAUACAAGACAUGCCACAUUUUAAUUAUUGUAUCCAUUUAGGUCCUAUUUGGUUUAGUUUUUUUGCAAUUAUUUCAUUCUUGCCCUACAGUAUCAUGAAAGUAUGGCCGUUUGUCAUGCUGCUAAAUAUAAUCUCUUAAAUUUGUACAUCGAAAAUAAUAAUAUAUGUAACAAUAUGUAUAUAGAUUUAUUUUUACAAUAAAAUAACAAGCAAAACUAAAUCCCACUUAUGAUUGAAAUGGGUUUCUCUUUUGCUAAACUUA